AUGGCCUUGGAGGAACUCCAAGACGGAACUUAUGACAAGUUGGCAAAAAGAACUAGUAGAGGAGCGAAUGUGGUAGAGCCACAGAACCUACAGGUACCAUCCCAAGGAGCGGGUCGAUCCAACAACGGAUCAACCCAGUUCGACAAGCAUCGGACUGGAGGAUGGAAAGGGCGAGACCAGGCCCAACAAAAGACGGGAAAGUUCGUAGACCCAGUCUACACGAAGCUAAACAUCCCCAUAUCUGAGAUCCUCAAAAAUAUUGACGGACAACAUAAAAUCACUUACCCAUGGAACAGAGGUCAGCAGCCAGAGCGAACUAAAAAUAGAACUGACUUCUGCGAGUUCCAUCAAUUCCACAGCCACACGACAGAGUCGUGCAGAGACUUGAAGAAAAUGAUGGAAGAAAUGAUCAAUGAGGUGAAGCUCAAAGAAUACAUCGCGCAACCAAUGACUCCACCUACCGCUGGGGAACCCAUACAUCGUGUGGAGAUCCACGCGAGGCACACCUCGGAGUCCCUUGAUGGAGGACGAAACCAUAACGAUCCACUGGUGGUCACGAUGGCCAUUGCACUCCCUGAGCACGAAGGCGAGGAAGGAAAACCUAAAGUGCUACCAUGGGCAAUGCCCAAAAUCUUAAUUAAUAGAGGUAGUUCAGUUGAGAUUUUGUUCUAUGAAACAUUCAAACAAAUGGGUCUUAGGGACGAGUGUAUCAUACCCUUCACUUAUAACAUUUUUGGCUUCAACGGGUCAUCAACCCGCCCAAGGGGCGAGGUAACGUUAGAAAUCCGGGUGGGAAAAAUCCUCACCCUAACCACUUUCUGUGUGGUAGAUGUACUAUCACCAUAUACAACCAUUGUCGGGCGAUCCUGGGUCCAUGGGAUCAAAGGAGUAGCCUCAACUUUCCAACAAAGGUUAAGAUUCCCUACGCCAUAUGGAGUGGCAGGAAUCGUUGGGGACUCUGGCGAGGCGAAAUACUGUUACAAAAUGGACGUCCAGAACGGCGAGAACAAAGUAAACUCCCCAAAAGCACAGGCGAGGAGGGACAGAGAUACCAAUAACCUGGUUGAGACCCAUGACUACAUGGCCAUCAGUGACACACCAGCACACUCGGAUGAUGCCCCAGCCUCGUGCAACACCAUAACCUCGGGACCGACCAUACGACCUUUAUAA